GCACAGCAGCUGACGAAAAAGCCUGCAGUAACUUGGAACAAAAUGACAUCUAUGAGAGUAUCUAUUAUGCUCGUCUCCAUACUCUGCAACCUAACUGUGGUAUUCACAGACGACCACGUUUCCUGCUACAACAUCCAGCCUGGCCUGCUUGCAGGCAUUGUUAGCGCAGAUGUGCUGUUGACCCUCAUCCUGGUCUUCCUCACCUACCGAUGGACCAUCAAUCAGCAUCCAAAAAAGCCCCCUCCUAAGGAGGGUAAAACAGUGUAUAUGAAUUACCAGGCCAAACGCAGGACGUGAUUUUUAUUUUAUUUGUAUUUUUUUACUGUAAACUUACAAAUUGAAAUGUACAUGUUUAGUUUGUUUUGUUUAUUAUAUAACAAAUGUGCAUUGACCAAAUAUAAAACUGUCAUUUCCCUCCCACCAAAUAGUUGCUUUACAUUCAGUUUUUUUGCACAAACCUGCUUGGUUAUCCCCAAGCAAAUCAGAGCUUUUUUCCCAUCACUCGCACACCUACACACACCAGUAAGCUCAAGAGAUGCAGCUGUGACGCGAUAGAAAAAUGUGUCUUGAAUAUUGUUAUGCCAAACAACAAAAGAGGUUAUUGUUUUUAGACCAUUCAGGUUACGUAUUUGAUUGAUAUCCCUAUACUGCAUGUUACCAUUGUCGAUUUUAGCAGGAAAUGUGUUUUAGAAAAUCUACGUUCCUGAUCACAGCAUUUUGACCAGGCCACAUGGCAAAUAGUUGGCUGCUUGCUAUCUCUUUAAGUAUGGUGUAAUUACCAUGUUUUGAUU